UCAGACUAUGUUCUCGGGGUGAUCAAAAAUGAUGUCACUUAUUUAUUUAUGAGGGAAACCUGCUCACAGUAUUUGCGCCACGUGCUAAAAAAUGGCACAACCCGUGACACGUGGAGAGGAUUUUUUAUUACUAAAUUGAUGGACAGCCCCUUACGUUGCAUACGUGACCACACGGAUCAUUAGUGUGCAACUUGUUAUAAAUAGGGUAAUAAUUACCGUUCUGUAUUUCAUUCAUGUACAUAUUUACAUAGUUGGCGAUAGUGUAUAAUUUAAAAAAAAGUUAUGGCGAACCGAUAUUUCUGCAUCGUUAUCCUCCUAGCAAUCGGAAUCGUGAGGGUAAAUGGGGCCAAAAUUACCUGUACGGCAAGCAAGAAACCAAACUUGGUCGGUGUAGCGCCGAAAUUUGCAAAAUGUUUGCCUUAUGUUAAUCAGCAUGAAGGAAGAGUAGGUCGAUGUGUCCUGGAACAAAUUUCGAAACCGAUCGAUUAUCCGAAAUCCUUAGCAUAUUUGAAAUCCGUUCUGCCGGAGAAGCAAAGAAAAACCGUGGAGAAGGACUUGUCCCCUUGCAUUCCGAAAUUGAAGGAGUGCAAAGAUUCGAAAUCUGAUCCGGAAGGAGACUCAUGCACCCCGGUGACCAAAUGUUUUAUGACAUAUUUGAACAAAAUGUGCAAAUAACUCUCAUAGGGGAGCGUUAGCACAUGGGGAUUUUGUAACUUCUCAACAUGCACUCAUUAAAUGUAUUAUAAAAAAGAAAAUCUAAUUGUUUG